GUGUCACAGGAUUCUUUCAGGACAGCUUUCACUAUUCGAACCCUCAACUCCGCAAAACCCUACGCAAUCCGACACCCUCGCCGGCUAGCAGUUGAUGCUUUCAAAUCCCGAUCGACAACCCUCAUCGACCGGUACAGACCACGUCGGAUGAACCCCGGGAUUUGAACCACGUAUGAGGGUGGCAUUUUAAUACUCCGGAGCUUGCGGCAUCUGCCUCCUGAUAUUUUCUAAGGCUUCGGGAUACCGUCACUGAGCAGCAACGGGCGCAGAAUCACCAUGAGUCCGUCACGAUGCGGCGCGGCCGUCUCAAUAUUACCAGCGUUACUGCUCCUUCUCUCCCCAGCAUCCGCCUUCUACCUCCCUGGUGUUGCGCCCACGUCAUAUCGAGACGGCGACAAAGUUCCCUUGAACGUUAACCACCUCACGCCUGCCGAAUCGGAACGUGAUCCGCAGGUCCGCUCCGUCUUCUCGUUCGACUACUACCUUCCCGAAUUCCAUUUUUGCCAGCCUCCGGAGGGGACGAAGUACGAAUAUGAGUCGCUGGGCAGUAUCCUGUUCGGGGACCGAAUCCAGAACUCGCCCUUCGAGCUGAAGAUGGGCAUAAACGAAUCAUGCAAGGCAGUGUGCGGGAAGCAGACAUUCCCACCGGAAGACAGCAAGUUCGUGAACCGGAGGAUAUUCCAGGAUUACAAUAUCAAUUGGUUGGUGGAUGGACUGCCAGCGGGACAAUUGAAGAAGGACACCAUCACGGAGGAGGUAUACGAGAGUCCCGGUUUCCCGCUCGGGACCAUCAUCGACGAUCUGCCGGUGCUGAACAAUCACUACGACAUCUUCAUCGACUAUCAUGAGUUCAGUCAGGAUAAGCAUCGGGUGGUCGGUGUGACAGUACAAUCUUCGUCCUCAGCGGAUGCGAAAGAGAUCGGAGACGGGGUUGCUUUAUGCGGAGAGGGGACGCCUCUGAGUCUUUCGGAGUCGGGCGACACCGACGUCGUCUUUACGUACAGCGUCUACUGGAACCCUUCGCCCACCCCUUUCGCGACGCGAUGGGACAAGUACCUGCAUGUCUACGAUCCCCGGAUCCACUGGUUCUCGCUCAUCAACUCGGCGGUCAUCGUUUGCUUCCUGGUGGGAAUGGUGACCACCAUCCUGUUCAGAACGUUGAGGAAAGACAUCGCGAGGUAUAACAGGCUGGAUGCUGUAGCCCUGGAGGACCUUUCGGGUACUGGAAUCAUGGAUGACGGAGUUCAGGAGGACUCGGGUUGGAAACUGGUGCAUGGUGACGUUUUCAGACCACCAAGGUCUCCUAUGUUGCUUAGUGUCCUGGUUGGGAACGGCGCUCAACUAUUCAUGAUGACCGGGUUCACGAUUGUGUUUGCCCUCCUUGGCUUCCUUUCGCCUUCCAACCGCGGCUCCCUAGCCACCAUGAUGAUCAUCUUCCACACCCUCUUCGGGUUUAUCGGCGGCUACAUCUCCGCGCGCGUGUACAAGUUCUUUCACGGCGAAGCCUGGAAGCAGAACUUCAUCUACACCCCGAUGGCCCUUCCCUGCCUGGUCUUCGGCGCGUUCUUCCUUCUGAACCUCUUCGUGUGGGCGCGGCAUGCCAGCGGCGCCGUCCCGUUCACCACCAUGCUCGUCCUCAUUAGCCUGUGGUUCGUCAUCUCCGUCCCUCUGUCGCUCGCCGGGUCGUGGCUUGGGUUCAAGGCCAAAGGGAUCCACGAACCGACCCGCACGAACCAGAUCCCGCGCCAGAUCCCCCAGGCGAGCAGCUACAUGCGGCCGAUCCCCAGCAUGCUCCUCGUCGGCGUGCUGCCCUUCGGCGCCAUCUUCGUGGAGCUGUACUUCAUCAUGCGCAGCAUCUGGUUCAGCAAGUUCUACUACAUGUUCGGGUUCCUCUUCGUCUGCUUCGGCAUCAUGAUCAUGACGUGCGCUGCCGUCACAGUGCUAAUGGUCUACUUCCUGCUAUGCGCGGAGAACUAUCACUGGCAGUGGCGGUCGUUCUUCACGGCGGGAGCGAGCGCGUUUUAUGUCUUCCUGUACGCCAUGCUCUACUGGGUGAAGACGUUGAGUUUCACCAGCUGGACGAGCGGGGUGCUGUACUUGGGAUAUAGUUUGCUAAUAAGUACGCUGUUCUUCGUUUUGACAGGCACUAUCGGAUUCCUGGCGACCUGGAUGUUCAUCCUGAAGAUUUACGGCGCUAUCAAGGUGGACUGAGCGGCCUCUGGAAGGUAAAUAAAAGUGUACCAUACCCAUGCACUCGUUCGAGCGUAUUAGACGUAAUGCAGUGCAUGAAAAUUUGUUUGCGAUGUAUUUCCCUUGCUUGGCGUCUUUCACCCUUCAGUUCUGGUUUUGUAUUGAUAUCUGUAAUUGAUCUGUUUUACACAUGGAUGAUAUAUCCCUACACAUAGGCAUACAAAUAUUCUUCGGUUAUCGUCCAUUAGUGAUUGAGAUCACGGUGGCAACAUGACG